GUGGCGGGUCUGGCAGUGGAGGUGGGGGCGGCAACGGUAGCGGCGGUGGUAGUGGAGAUUAUAAUGGCGGUGGAGUUGGAAAUGGAGGAGGUCGGUCCGGCGGUGGAGCUGGAAGCGGUGGUAAUUUCGGUGGUGGGUCUGGCGGUGAAGGCGGGAGUGGCGGCAACAAUGGUGGCGAUAAUAAUGGUGGCGGAGCUGGUAAUGAAGGAGGUGGGUCCGGCGGUGGCAAUACUGGUGGCGGGGGCGGCAACGGUGCCGGUUCUGGCAGCGGCAGCGGCAGUGGUGGCGGCUCGUACGGUCCUCCUGGCGGCCCAGCAUAUCCUCCAACAGCUCCUGGGCCUGGUAAUAAUUGUGGCAGCCCAUCAGGGCCUCCUGGUAACGGCCCAUGGGCCGGAGGUUGUGUUUGCAGCCAACAGUGUUCUCAGCAAUGCGGAUGGACCACCAACUUCAACCCGGCAGCCAUUAAUCCCUGAAACAAAUUUGCUUCUGCAACCACAAAUACACAAAGACCAAUAAAGGAAAAUAUCAUAUCACUAGCUAAUAAUAAAACAAUAAUGUCUGUUGCUUCAGUUUCUGCACAUUCUCAACUGUUGUAAGGUUUCCACAUUUCCCAGAAUGAUUCUAUUUACUCUUGUUACUUAAAUGAAUAUGAAUGGGGAUAAAUGUUU